AUGGCGGUUGCUCAUCGUAGAAUCAAUCAUAUGGACAGAAUUAAGAUAAAUGGGGUGUGGCUGUCCGAGGAGAAGGAUGUGAGAGAAGGGGUAGUUAAUGUUUUUCAAUACUUACAGAAAAUUCAAAUUGGAAGGAAAGUGGAUAUAGAUAGGCUGCAGUUAGAGCAGAUUAGUCAACAAGAAGCGGAGAAUUUGGAGCACCCUUUCUCUGAGGAUGAAAUUCAUAGUGCCCUGAUGGAGAUGAAUGGAGACAAAGCCCCAGGACCGGACGGAUUUACUAUGGCAUUUUGGCAAAGCUGUUGGGUUUUUGUUAAAGAGGAGGUCUUGGAUCUGUUUAAGGAGUUCUAUGAGCAAAGUGCCUUCAUCAAGAGUCUCAACAAUACGUUUCUGGUAUUGUUACCCAAGAAGGGAAGGGGAGGGGGGCUGAGGAUCUUUGGGAUUUUAGCCAAGUUUUCGGUGUUGGUGAAUGGAGUGCCAGCUAGUUUCUUCCCAAGUUCUAAGGGGUUGCGGCAAGGAGAUCCUCUUUCUCCUUACCUCUUUGUUAUGGGAAUGGAAGUUUUAAGCACUCUCAUUAGGAGGGCUGUUGAAGCGGGAUUUCUGUCAGGGUGUAGGAUCCGAGGAGGUGGAAGACAACCGGUACAUAUAUCCCAUAUGUUGUUUGUGGAUGAUACAAUAGUUUUCUGUGAGGCUAGGAAAGAGCAUCUAACUCAUCUGAGUUGGAUCUUGUUCUGGUUUGAAGCCGCGUCAGGGUUAAGGAUCAAUUUGGAUAAAAGUGAAAUAAUCCUAGUUGGCGAGGUGGAAGAGAUGGAGAAGAUGGCAGCGGAACUAGGCUGCAGGGUGGGUUCUAUGCCUUCUGUGUAUUUGGGGCUGCCCUUGGGGGCUCCUAAUAAGGCUACCUCCGUGUGGGAUGGGGUGGAAGAGAGGGUGAGGAGAAGACUUACGCUUUGGAAACGCUAA